GCUCAAAAAUAUCCAACCAUCUGUUUCUCUACUCCAAAAGAUACCAGAAGAGAGGAAAUAUCACACACCAGCUGCAACACAAAUUGAGAUGAUCAAAUGAUUUAAGCUGCGUUUUCCUGGGGUUUAUUUUCACAUUAGCUAUGGUGGAAAAAGAUGUUUCUCAAUCUUCUUUGACAGCAGUGAGAGUCCAGCGCAUGUCCCUGGUGGAUGAACUGGAAGGACAGAUUGAUUCCCUGUUGGAAGCUCUGGUCUGUCAGAGAGUAUUCACUCGGGAUGACCGCGAGGAAGUACUGUGUCAGCCAGGGCCUAGGGCCAGAGUUCGGAAGGUGUUGGAUAUCCUAGAGUGUAAAGGAGAGGAAGCAGCAAACCUUUUCUUCUCUGUUAGAAGUCAUCAGCAGCUAUCCCAGGACGCAGCUCAUUCUUCAUACGCAGAGUACAACAAGUUGCAACAAAAGCACAAAGAUGUCCUGAGGCGCAGGAGUGAGAGCAUGCUUUUCUACAACAGUAGGCAUGGAGAGAAAAUCCUCCUUUCUGAACAUUAUGUCAACCUCCUGUUAGAAGACGGACACCAGGCCUUAGAGUUUAAGAGACACGAGGUUCUUGCCUUUGGACUAAAGAGAUUGUCUCUUCAGCAUAAAUCAGGGCUGCAAAGAAAAAUUGCACCAGCUGAACUGUUUUCGAAACCAAAUGGAAAACGUCCAGUUAAAAAAGUGCUGGUGACGGGGGUGGCAGGAAUUGGCAAAACAGUCCUGGUGCAAAAAAUGCUCUUUGAUUUUGGGGGAAACAAGGAACACCUCACAUUUGACUUUGUCAUUCACAUGAGCUUUAGAGAUUUAAAUCUGAUAAACAAACCCACAAACUUCAGAGAGUUAGUCCUUCGUAAGAAUAAGCACCUUUCUAAAGAACUAGAUCACAUCUUUACCAAUGAUGACAAACUUCUGAUUAUCCUCGAUGGUUUUGAUGAGUUUCGACACUACAGAAGCUGCGACACUGAUGUAUUUGUGACAGAGCCAGAAGAGGAUGCAGAGGUGAAAGAGAUUUUGGGGAGUUUGUUGCAGGGUGAGCUAUUACCCAAUGCCUCUGUCAUGCUCACAAGCAGGCCUACAGCAAUCCCCCAUAUUCCUGUAGGAUGCAUCGAUCGCUAUGUGCUUAUUGCCGGUUUCACCUUAACCGAAGUGCAAGACUUCUUCCUAAGGUAUUUCCAAGAUGCUGCUGUGGCUGAUCGAAUGUUUUCUAUGGUAUCAGCAAAUGAACUAAUGCUGACACUUUGUUACAUACCAGCAUUUUGCUAUAUAGUGUGCUGCAUCCUCAAUGAAAGCAAAGACCUUUGUGGGGAAAGCCCAAAGACCAUGACGGAUAUUUAUGUGCAGUAUCUAGUGGCCUUGCUCCACUCUCAUACUCAACCAAGAACUGAGACAUGUCCUGAAGACCAAGGACAAGCAAAAAUAAAGCAGCUCUCUGAAAUUGUUAUAAAACUGGGUCGACUUGCCUAUAAAAAGCUAAUGGAGCAUCAAACACUGUUCUACGGCAGCGAUAAAGAUUUGGCUGGGUUAGAGGGAUGCAGCCUGGUUAGUACCUUCCUCGAUAAGACAGUUGCACAAGAGCCUGGCUGCACUGAAGAGGUUUUCUCCUUUGCCCAUCUCACAGUUCAAGAGUUCUUUGCUGCCCUUUACUGUGCUGUGACGGAUGAACCUUUACCUGAUGCAAUUCAGUACGGUGAGAACCAAAACAAUGAAAACUUGGAUCUGUUCAGCCGCUUCCUGUCUGGAAUCUUCUCCGACCGGAAUUCUAAUUUCCUUCUAAGACAAGUAGGGCUAUGUUGCCAGGAGGAAAAAGUCCUAAUGUAUCGUAGGAAGAUUAUAACUGACCUCACAACGCUCUGUGAGAAUGGAGCACAUAUUUUGAACUGCUUACAGUGCCUGUUUGAACAACAGGACCCUUCGAUGGUAACCGAAACCCUCCCAGAAUCCCUUAGAGUAAAUGUCAGCGAUGAAACUCUAUCUCAAAUGGAUCAUAAUGCCAUCAAGUAUUUCUUAACCAUCACAGAAAAUAAAAUACUAUCAGAACUGGAUCUUACAGGGACUAAAGUUAACGCUGACUCUCUGAGAGAUAUUCAACCGUUUCUGCAUAGAUGUCAAAAACUUUGGCUUGGUGAAAACAAUUUGGAUAUGGAUGCGGUUCAGGUCAUUGCUGAUGUGCUGAAGGUCUCGGAACAAAUAGCCUACCUUGGGCUUGGAUGGACAAACAUCGGGGACGAUGAGCUUGAAGCUCUAUGCACUGCCAUCCGAGUGCGAAAAAAGGUUAAAGAACUGUGGCUGGAGGGAAACAGAGUGAGCCGCAGAGGAUUGCUGUCUCUUGCUGAUUUGACACCAAAUCCACUGCAAACAAUUGUGCUGAUAUGGAACAACCUGUAUGAGACAGAGUCUGCAAGUGUGUGCGGCCAGGAUAGUAUCGCAGUGAACUUUACAGACGAAGAACUUUGGGAAGAAUGGGGAAAAUGGGUUUUUAAACGGUGCGAGGUCAGCAGCAAUGAAAAGUUACUGGCUGUACUCCACAAAGUUUGCAACAUGUCAACUGACUGUCUGGAACUCCAGUGGGCAAAGACCUUUUAUAGUCAACUAUCGCAUCUCAUAAAGAGACGGAUAGAGUGCUGCACUGAGGAUGAUAUGUGCAAGAAACUCCAAAGAUUUCUUUUGAAUCUAUGAAGACAAAAAGACAUAAAAGAAA